AUGACCUCAUCAGAGAACAUCACGUUAUCCAGUCUUCGACGGACCAGUUCAAGUGCUCUUUUGCGAACUGAAGCUACGACGUUUGCCGGCGAAGAAGCUCAAGAGGAGGACGCUUCAGAAGAAUUUCAAGACGUUGGCGAGGAUGGUGGCGAAACACCACGGCUCGGCCAGGUCGGAUUUAUAGCAAUGUUCCUGCGCUACUUGUACAGCAGAACGUUCAGCCAAAAGACCGCAAAUGGUCGAUUGCUGAGCAAGUUUACCCAGAAGUUGAAUGCCCUUAAUUUGACCCCUGACAGCCCAAUCUAUACCAGCACAACCAAGGUCCUUAGAAACAAGGGUAUCCUUCCCCUUUUGUCAUUGGUUGACAUCGAUGAGGGCAGAAGUGCUAUUGAAAACUUUAUACGAUUGAACAGUAUCACGAGAAGUGGCCGUACCAUAAUGCCACUUAGUCGACUUAGAGAUGGCUUCAUAACUAUCUCAGAGGAGGCCCUUUUAGCUCCUGUGGCACAAGCAGGGUUUGAUGGAUUUUCAAGCGAGGACUUCGACCCAAAAGUUUACAACGAAAGUGGAUACGUGCUACGCGGCAGUAUUCGGAUCGACGGUCACACACUUCAGUUGCUGGCGUUCAAAAUGAAGGAGUUUAACUGCGUCAAGUACAGGAGGCUUGCUAGUAAAUGGCUACCAAAUGGCAUCACGAGCACAGUAGGCGGUACAGACUAUUACCUCACUGAGGUCCGAAACGUCGUCAAGACUAUACAGGACGUGGUCGACCUUUGGGGAUGCGAUGCCAACCGGAUCAAGAUCCUAGGCCUGGACCUUGGCCAAGCAUACGUCGUUGGUCGUUGGUGCAUGUGCGUUGUUGCCAGAAGAUUUAAUGAAGUCUCCCAAAACUCUUACAGCGACGCUGAAAAGGGCGGAGGGAAGCGUAGGGGAGUCGAGACCAAGUCUAAGGCUGCCACCAAGAAAGACAAAGAAAAGGCGAGGAUGAAGGAGAGCGGAACCAAAAACACCGCUAAGGAGGACAAAGGGAAGCGUAGGAAGAUGGAGACUGGGGAGACAACAAUGACCACUCUAUCUUUAGCCUGUGGAUGAGAAUGGACAGUAUCUCUGGAUGUAACGAAAGGCGCCACCAGCGACAAGCACAAGCACAGGCGCAGAGUCGAGUUUAGGUCAGAGCACAACGUCGGGCCGUGGCAUCUUUGUAUCAUAGCAAAAGGCGGAUCAAAGAGGGG